AUGCUGUCUCCGCAAGCUAAAGCAUCAAAUGGAGAGUCCGCGGUCACGUCACCAAGCCAGUUUCCAUAUCCUCCUUAUCGUGAACCAUCGUACGAGGUGGCCGUCGUCCAAGCUACCAACAUUGCCAAAAUGAUUGUUCCGGUAUUGGAAAGCUGUCCACGAGGGGCUCCUCAAGGCCUGUUUCAAGAAGCCAAACGCCAUGCGAAGUAUCAGCGGCCGCGGGAGAGACUCAUUGGCUUUAUCGGCAAUUCCGGCGCGGGAAAGAGCAGUACCCUCAAUUCUCUUUUCGACGAAGACCUUGCGAAAACUGGUGCAUGUGGCUCUGCGGUGACUCCUUUCCCCGCCAUAUAUCGAUUUCGCCAAGGAGCUCGCUUCAUCUUACGCUGCAAGUUAAUGGUCCUGGAAGAACUUGGGGAGUACCUAGGUGAUUUACUACGUGAUUUCUGGCUCCCUUCAUCGGUCGAUAAAUCAGACCUCGAACGGAAUGAUCCCAGGACCCACGAGGAUAGCGAGACAGCUCGCCAUGUCAUUGAGGCAAUCUUCGGACAAAUGGAAGAUUUCGACAUGGACCGGCUCGAGUACCACGACGACGAGGAGAGUAUGAACAAUGCUAAGAGAUACUUGAUGCAACUAGCUAGCCGGCUGGAGUAUCCGGACAACAUGACACCAGACGGCGAAUGGGUUGAGGAAUCACAACUUGCAGAGGAAUGCGAAGACCACCAAACCCUACUCCAGGACCGUGGUCUGUGGCCCCUGGUGGUAAGUUUCAGCGUCUUCGCCGAUACCAGCAUUCUGGAAAUGGGGCUUACGCUGGUCGACUUGCCUGGAUUCAAUGAUUCAAACCUCGCGAGGAUCAGAGCGGCUCGAAAGGCACAGUCCAAAUGUGACGACGUGUGCGUAGUCGUCCCUAUAUCCAGAGCUACUGAUACGGCCAUCCUUCAGCAGAAUUUGGAGCUCAUCCGCGACAAGGCCGAGGCGCAGAAAGCCACAACCGUCAAUAUCACAAUCAUAUGUACCAAAUCGGCCACGGAAUUGGACAAAAAUCGCGGCCUGGAAAGGAUGGUGAACCGCGCUAAGCUCGACUAUGCCAGGGCUGAGCUGCAAAAGGUUAAAGACGCGGACGAGAAAGUAAGGAAGCAUGCUGAGCGCAGAAUGACGAAACUUCUUGUUACAGCCCGGAACGAGAAGGUGCAAAAAGAUCUGCACAAAAAGUACGGCUCGUAUGUGAAGGGUGGGAUACUCAAAGUCUUCUGCGUUGACAACGUCAUGUACUGGAAAGCCACGACAGACGAAGAGCGAGAGUUGAGUGGUAUUCCUGCUCUCCGCCAACAUCUUGGGGAUCUCCCGGCCGAGACUUUAUUCAAAGCAACAGAUCUUUUUCUGGCCAAGAAGAUUCCAGCGCUGGUCGGAUCUUUUGCAACAUGGGUGGAAUCCUGCAGAAUUGAUCUUGAGCUCGAAAAUCGCGUACCGCUUCCAGGGGCCGGCGAGCUGAGACUGUGUCUAGAAAAGAUCGAGAACUGGGCCACUCGGAUGCUUGAGGUUGUCGAAAGAUGUUUCACCACGCGUUUGAAAGAAGCAUCAGAAUCAAUUCGCGCUGCUUGUCUCAAAGUCACCCAAAGAUGGGGAGAGUGGCCCGCGGGGUCAUUUCGCUCGUGCUUGAAGAAUGAUGGAAUAUAUACGGCAGCAAGAAUGGGACCGAGGAAUUGGAACCAGGAACUGGGUCUAUGUUUCAACGAGGAGGUAACGGGACAAGGCUGGCACGACUUUGAAGUCGCAAUUGAUCCGCUUCUCAACGAAUUCGGGAAUAUCAUUGCGGUUUUCGAGGGAUACGCAAAGCAAUGCUCUGAUUUGCGAGCCCCUGCCAAUUUCCUGAAAUCGUUUACGGCGAGGCUGGACGUCUUGAAGAGCACUUUCAAAGCUGAGAUGAUCCGCUAUCACACCGUCGUGGGAGAAAUCAGGUUCCAUGCAAAUGGGGGCCACCAGGACUCUUAUCUCACGGACUGUAUGCUUGAAACUUAUCGUGAAGCCAACAGAGUGAUAGGUACCGGCUCGAUGAAGAAACGUCUUGCUAUGCUGCAAAGCUACGUGGACAGUAAGGAGUUUGUGGAUGCUUUCAGCACUCACCUUUGGGAAGGGUUUCAAGAAGUCAUCGCCGAUAUGUUUGGCAAGAUUAGCGAGGCGUUGGAAAGAGAAAUCGAGGCCAUCGAAUCGGACCUCGAAGUUAUCCAGCCCACAGGGGACAAGCAGAGGCUCUUCAAGGUGUAUCCAGCUUACGGGGAAGAGUGCGAGGAUCUUCUGGUGAAAGUGAGCAAGCAACUGGAGGAGAUCGAUGAGCUGGCUGCAACUGCCCGAGCGAUGGCGAAAGAACGCUAUGGCUGA